GAGUGCUGAACAUUCCAAAAACUUGGAAAAUAUUGAAAAUACAUUUUUCUAGUUACUAUUGUUGAUGCAAAGAUUAUGUCAUGUCACUAUCACAGUCUUGUUUGUUGCUGGCAGUGAGUGGAGAUGAUGCAGGUAGUGCUGAACUCCAACAGAUCCUGCAUGUCCCAUCUCAGGCUUUCAAAUCAUUCAAUGUGCUAACACAUGUGCACUAUGUCCGAGUGCCACUGUCUCAGAAGACCUUUUGUAUUGCAAAACUGGCCAGUGCAGUUGGUGUGUCCGAGAUAAGAAGCAAAUCAAUACCUGGAAACUUUAAAGUCUUCCCUGCCAGAUGUUGCUUUUCUGUUACUGGUGGCUCUGAGUGGGAUGGGAAAACCACUCUGGUUGCAGCAACUGACAUCAAAAUAUUGAAGAAAACUUCAAUCAAGUCUGUCUGUGUAAAAGUCUUGCUGAAAUCUAAAAAUGAUGUUAUCAACAUGGAAAAAAAUACAAAUCUCUAUCUAAAAGUUAUAGAGAAUAUAAUUUCCUCUUAUGGAAUUGUCAGUCAUUGUGUGAUUAGAUGUCAUUAUAACACUCUAGCACAAGUCUUUGGUAUAAGAAAAAUCUUCAUUUGCUCAAUGAAAAGUUGUAACAAUCAAAGUUCAUCAUGUAGUAACUUCAAUGAUUCAUUUGACUGUGUAGGUGUUAAGUUCAAUGAUUCUUCCAAUACUAGACAAAUCGAGUUGGAGCUCAAACAAGGUACUUCCCCAUGUGGAUGUAGCGAAAGUUGUUUUAGAGCAAACCCUGAACGCUUGCAGAGAAGCAAUGGCAGGGUGACUGUUUGUAGCGUUGCUCAGGAAGACCAGCUAUCAAACUCACAAACAAAUUAUUCCAUCAAUCUGCAUGAGGCUAUUAUGCAGCAAGGGUUGACUGUCCAAGACAAAUCCCUUGAAAAGCUCUUUAUUGCACAGAAAACUGAAGGUUUGUUGUUGCUGGUGAUAGGGUUGUCAGGUUGGGGCAAGACGUCACUGCUGCACAGGGUAGCCAUGACGGCAAGAACCCCUGUGGUUAGUAUUGACUGCCGUACGAUGAAGCCCAACAUAGACGCUAUCUUCCAGAUGAAGACACAGCUACCGACAGAACGCCCUGGAUUGUUGCUACUGCGCAGGCUUGACACCUUGUUUGCUGCCUCUAAAAAGCCUGAUCAUAUCAUUAAUGAAAUCGUCGGCGCAAUUCUCUGCUACCUGCAACAGAAGGGAGUGUGUGUGGUAGUCACCGCUCCUGAUAUCGGUUCAUUACCUCCUGACCUGGUGGCCCUGCCCUACAUCGAACUCAACGUUGGCUCUUCAACUGUUCCUUACCGACGAGCUAUACUACGCCAUUUUCUUGCUGACUAUAACUUGGCUGAUUAUAAAGCAGGUGCUCACGAGAUGCCAGCAGACUAUGCACCUAAACGAUCAUUAGUUGAUUCAUAUCCUUCUCAAGAACAUAAGCUGCCUGGUUCUUGCUCACUUUCUACGAGAAGAAAUUCAAUUGAGCCUGAACUAUCAUACAAUAUGAUUGGGGAUGACCCUAGCGGCUCCCAACAAUUUGAAGUUGACGUCGAUUCAAUAUAUUCUGUGACGACCAGAGAUGCUUCACCAAAAUAUGAUAUCAAAUCAGGCAGUCCUGUUGACGUCAUUACGGACUCGGUCAGGAAUUUGAAUCUCAAUGAUAAAGAUUCUGAGCAAAUGUCUUCCUCCAAAUCAAUGUGUUCAGAAGUUGUUGCUUUGAAUCCUGCUUCAUCAAAGGAGAGAUUGACCCAUCAAAUACAAUUAGCUGAGGGCUCUAUAGCUGACCAACUGGCGCGCAUCACUCCAGGAUAUGUGGCCAGCGACAUCCAAGACUUAUUGUCUCUUGGUCAAGAGAAGUUGCUUAUAACAGGAGAAGAGGCGAUCAGCCCCGCAGACAUGAUGUCGGCAGCAGUGGAGGAGCUCAGGACUUUUCGCCCGCGCGUGCUGCGUAGCAGUGAGCUGCUGGGAGACCGCCCCGUGGCCCACACUCUCGGUGGCCUCGAAUAUUUGCAGGAACUUUUAUCUGACAUACUCAAGAUUACCGUCUCCGGUGCUGAUGAAGACCUCUCACUCUUGGGGGUGAAACCCACCAGAGGGGUGCUCUUGUACGGGCCGCCGGGGUGCGGCAAAACGCAGCUUAUCUGCCGCCUGGCGUCCAGUAAAGGCUGCGCAUUCUUCGCCAUUCAGCCCAAGCAUAUCCUGAGCCCUUAUGUGGGAGAGUCCGAGCAAAAAUUGUCGCACGUCUUCCAGACAGCCAGGCAGGCGCGUCCUGCCAUCCUGUUCUUUGAUGAAAUAGAUGGCAUCUUCGGAGAUCGAGGAAGUGGUGACGGUGAGGCAGGAGGUGUGCGUAACCGCCUCAUAACAGAGCUGCUACAGACCAUGGACGGCGCCCUGGCUUACUCUGACGGCUCAAACCUCAUGACGGGGCUGCUGGUGUGCGGCGCUACCAACAACCCUGACAGACUGGACCACGCCCUCCUCAGACCAGGCCGCUUUGACAGGGUUGUGUAUGUCCCACCACCAGACCCUGAGCAGAGGCUUCACAUACUCAUGGCCAAGUGCCAGAGACUGGAGCUGAACGAGCCUGAGGUGCUGGAAGAGCUCGCAGCCGAGACGGACCUCUUUACUGGAUCUGAUCUGGAAGGCGUAGUGCAAGAGGCCACGACCAUUGCCCUGUUGCAGUCCUCGCUUACAUCUGACGGCAACGUUCUAAUCACCGCUUCAUCCUUACGUGAAAUAUGCCGGAAGACGAAGCCAAAACUCACGCCGGAAAUUAUUUCUAGGUAUGAAGCAUUCCAGUCCAGAUCGACUAAUACAUAAAUGAUGAGU